CCACUUUUCCUCUGAGCUGUUGUUUAGCAGAGCGCGAGUCUCCGUGUGCUAGCUCUCCAGGUGAAGCUAAUUCCUGCUGUCCCUGUGUCUUCAGCUUUAAAUUUAAUCCUUAAUGUAAACUCGUCGCAGAAGCUGGACACAUAUUAGACGCGUUGUUACUGAAAAAUGUUAAAUUCAUUUACUGGAUGGAAUUGAAGCUGUCAGGUGAUCAGUGCAUGGAUUUACAUAGGACAUAUGAAGACGCCUAUAGGCUGGAGCCAAGAAACCACACCUUCACAAUGAAAUGACUUAAAGGUCCUUCAAAACCUCUGAGAUGACGUGCAGAAGUACAUUAUAAGUAAUGUCAUCAGAGGGAAAAAGGAAUGCAGACUUGCCAGCUAUAGCUUAUAUGUGAGCGUGAUGCCCAGGCGGGGGUUGACGCUCCAGGGCCGGGUCCGCUGGCUCUUCCUGAGCCUCUUCCUGCUGCUGGUGCUGCUGCUGUUUGCAUACCUGCUGGAGUGCACCCCUCCGGCAGAUGUCAGCCUGGCCCUGCCCGGCCUGGCAGGGGAGAGCUAUGGGAAGGAGUACUACCAAGCCCUGCUGCAGGAACAGGAGGAGCGCCACCUAAACCGUGCCGCCAGUCUCAAGCGUCAGAUUGCCCAGCUCAAGCAGGAGCUGCAGGAAAUGAGUGAGAAGUUAAAACUCCUGCAGGACAAGAAGGAGCUCCCCGGGGUGCAGGGCCUGUCGGAGACUAAAGACCAAGAGCCGGGAGAUCUGCUGGAGUACCUGCACUCUCAGAUUGACAAAGCUGAGGUCAACACAGGGGCACGCCUCCCCAGCGAGUAUGCCCUGGUGCCCUUUGAGAGUUUCACCUCAUCCAAGGUUUACCAACUGGAGAUGGGGCUGACGCGGCACCCAGAGGAGAAGCCUGUCCGCAAAGACCGCAGGGACGAGCUGGUGGAGGUCAUGGAGGCUGCGCUGGACAUCAUCAACAACCCCGAUGAGGAGGAUGGUGUGGAGGAAGACAUGCCGAUGCAGAGACAAACCUACACAGAGAGCCACUUUACUGAAGGACUGUACAGGACAGAGCGAGACAAAGGGACACUUUACGAGCUCUUCUUUGCCAAAGAAGACUCCAGCAGCUUUCGCCAUGUCACGCUCUUCAGACCUUUUGGUCCCUUAAUGAAAGUCAGGAGCACAUCUGUAGAAACAUCAGGAAUGAUUAUUAACAUCAUCGUGCCACUGGCGGGCAGAGUAGAAACUUUCUCACAGUUCUUACACAACUUCAGGGAGGUGUGCAUACAGCAGGACAGACGAGUACAUCUCACUGUGGUUUAUUUUGGUCCGGAGGGCCUACAGGAAGUGAAGUCAUCAUUGGAAAAAAUGUCAAGGGAGGAGAGCUUCUCCAAUUACACUCUGAUCCCAGUGGACGAGGAGUUUUCCCGAGGUCGGGGUCUGGAUAUCGGGGCCCAUGCCUGGAAGAGAGGCGAUGUCUUAAUGUUUUUUUGUGAUGUUGACAUUCAUUUUACUCUUGAGUUCCUUAACACCUGCCGUCUCCACGCUACUCCAAAUAAGAAAGUCUUCUAUCCAGUGGUGUUCAGUCUGUACAAUCCUGCCAUAGUCUAUGGGAAUUUGGAGCUGGCUCCACCUACUGAACUCCAACUGAUUCACAAAAAAGAUGCUGGAUUCUGGAGAGAUUUUGGCUUUGGAAUGACGUGUCAGUAUCGCUCAGAUUUCCUAAAUAUUGGUGGAUUCGAUCUUGAAGUCAAAGGCUGGGGUGUGGAAGACGUCCACUUGUACAGGAAGUAUCUUCGGAGCGACAUGAUAGUGAUUCGGACGCCGGUGUCCGGCCUUUUCCACAUGUGGCACGAGAAGCAGUGUGCAGACGAGCUGACGCCAGAGCAGUACCGCAUGUGCAUCCAGUCCAAAGCCAUGAACGAGGCCUCCCACUCUCACCUGGGCAUGCUGGUUUUCCGCGACGAGAUCGAGGCUCACCUACGCAAGCAGGCCUUCAAGACUCAGAGCAAAACAGAGGACUAAGCCUGCCUCUACACACACCCAUCAUCAUUCCAACGUUAAGACUGCAAGGUGCCGACAUUAUUAUUAUCGCACUACAGCAAAGACAUGUUUACAUGGAUCCUGUAUUUCACAGCACAGCUGUAGACAAAUGAAUGUACAAAAACAAGCAUUGAUCAAUGUGAAAUUUCACAACAUGGUACAGAGAGCUACAGCAGUAUCAAACAGAGAUAAUCAAACCGGUAAUAUUUAACCUUCUGAAGGAAAACUUACACGUUAAACAAUCAAUAUGUCUCUCAGACCUUGGUUGACAUUAUAUUUUACAUACUCAUACUCAGUUCAAUAAGCAUGCCAUUAUUAUCUUGGGAAACAACUUCUCAUUAAGCCAUCCCACCUGCUUUCACCUUCUCUUCUGCUUUAAUAUGUCUCACUGCUGAAUGUGACCUUAGUCAGUAGAUUUCACCUGUUUCAGGUGAUUUUUGCAUCCCAAAAAAUACCAAACAUGAUCAAAUAUGACCAGCUGUUGAUGUGUAGAGUGGCUUUUAACAGAACCAAGCAGUUACAAAAGGGUAACAACAAGUCAUUAUGUAUUUACUGUUGACAAAAGGAACAAGAAGAAGUUGCACUUUGUUUAAAAUGGAGGUCAUAAAAAUUUGAUCCCACAAGCACCAGUUAAAUUUCUACUGAUCCCCAGCUGUCAGCACGUUGAGGAUCAGUAUAUUCACAGUUAUGUAUGGAGCCGUUCUGUUAGUAUUAUAUUUAUCGGUUGUUUCAGACUGACGAUGUGGUAAAAAGGGACCUUAUUUGUGUGUUUUACGUGACAAUCGGUCACUCUCUUCCUUUGCUGGUGACCAUGUGAUCAGUUAAACAGAGAAGCAUGCUGAGUAAAUAGUUUAAGAGCCAGGAGCAAAGAUGUUUUCCGCAUGCAGCGCUUUGGUAUCAGGUCUAUGUGGACCAGUAUUAUUGUCUAAAUAACAUAUUACAUUAUUAAUAAUAUUUGUCAUUUAUGCCCAGUGAGCAUGACUCACAUUAUGAUUCCUAUUAAUACUGGACUGAGUUUGAAUGUUACAGCCACUCUUGUAAAUACUUUUCUAGUAUUUCUUUGUUUCAUACUUGUGAGUUGAAUACUUUUGUCGUACGUGCCUACGUGCUUAAAGUGACAUGAAAUGUGUCUGAAAUGUUUACUCCAUCUCAUAAUGAGAGAGGAUGUUACAGAUGAACAGUCACAGAGGUUGGAGGCGUAAUGUUGAUGAGUACAGGAGUCCAAACUCUACGUAGAGCCGGCAAAGAAGUGCUUUAUUUUUCCUCACAAUGACAGCAGGUUAUUCUUGCAUCUCAUCCUGUACUGUAAUUCUUUUUAAUCCAUGUUUUUUUGCUAAUGAUACAGCUUUUUGUAGAUAGUCUUACAGCCUCCUCACCCUGCGGGACAAAUGUGA